UACUACUUUUACAUUUUUUGGGACUAUCUUUGCUCUUUCUGUCGGCAUGAUGAGUCGGGUUUACUUGUUCUUCGUUCUUCUAUACAUGUAUGGAUGCGAGGCGUGGCAAUUACGCCAAAUAGCCACGGUGGACAUACCAUACGCGGCCAUGUCAGCCGUCUUGGUUGACCCAAGCACCGGAUUGUAUGACGUAGUGGUGUCGUCUUUCAGCAGUACCCCUUUUUCAACCGAUUACGUCUACGUCAUCCGUGACGUAGCCGGGCAAAUUCAAGCCGGUAACGGUCUGAUGACCGAGGUACUGACAGAUGAGCUAAAGUGGCCCAAUGAGGUUGGCAAAGUUCCCGAGAAAGUACUUGGUCGAGAUGACAUUUGGUGGGGAACUUCCGGGUUUUUGGUGCCAACUAAGACACACGGUGUAAUCGCUUUGAUAGAUGCAGGAAUUAUGGUCCCAGCCACCACCUAUGAUAUUUCCAGCCGCUUGCUAGACCCAACAGACUGGUUCUAUCACCGUGUGGAAUGGGCGGAUAUGAACAAAGAUGGCCGCAUCGAUGCUGUCACUUCCAGAGCCUACCUCGAUUCAAAUGGCCAAGCAGUAGCAGAAAUGGUCUGGUUCGAGCAGCCGAGGUUCGGUAAUCCCCUGUACGGAACAUGGUCGGAGCAUGUCAUGUACCCCGGACCGGACGCACUGACGCGCUUCGGCCGGUUGACCGUGUCCGACGGCCGGGAGUUGGAGGUUAUCAUCAGCGCUCAGUACUUCACGGAGAAGCUCGUCGUCUCCUGGGUCGAGGGACCGACAUCAAGUUGGGAUGACCCGUCUUCCAUUCAGCAUAGAGUUAUUUCAGAUGUAGUUAACGAACGCUACUUUGAUAUUCAGCUAGUGGAUCUAAAUAUAGAUGGCAACGUGGACUUACUAGUUUCUGUCAAUAGUAAUCAAAACGGGAAGCUUUUAGCCUAUGAGAUUCCGCGAGAUUUCCGCACGGGAGCGUGGAGGCGCCAUCUGAUCGUGGAGGGAUUCAUCCCCAAUGUUGACGUCAUCACCGAGGGUCAUGGGUCACCGGGGUCCGCCUUCGCAUUCUACCCGGGACCGCCGGGUCAAAGAAUCAAGCCGCUGAUUCUUCUGACGGGCGAUGACGACAGCAACGUGUAUAUCUUGGAGAGUACGAUCGACAACGAUCCGUCCGUGUGGAGCUACACCAUGACAUCGGUCUUCUACGCCGAGGGGACGGUAGGCAGCCCGGCCAUUCAGGACAUCGACGGGGACGGUUUCCCGGAACUCUUCAUCCCUGCUUGGACUCAAGGCACGCUAAGUGUCUAUACAUUUAAAGACAUAUAGGAUCAUUAGCUUUUCAAGGAAUUUGUUCGCUUCCAAUAAUAACACCACUCAAAAUCCAAAAACGAAUGCUCAAAGCCUAACCUGAUGAAGUUUCAGCUCAGUGGAUAUUACACCUUUCGAGAAAAUAGUGCAAAACCGAGCACGAUCUUUUUGUUUUGAUCACGAAACACGUUGUCGUCAAUGGUACUCUUUAUAAUAUUAUUAUUGAAUAUAUUAUUGUUUCCAAAUAACAGUUAAUUGACUGAUUGUUGGAAAUCGCCUACAUAUCUUGAUUUCUUCUAAAUGACAGCAAGCCAGACUGAAUAAUUACUCGAGGUGUUAAUAUAUUACCAAUACGAUCAAGUAAGCUUUUUGGAUAAUAUUUGUUUAUUUGGUAGGUUACUUUUGGGAUAAAUGCAAACGAUCCCAUGUCUUGGAGCCUGGCUACAGGGAUCUCUCAACCCCACACACAAACAAAGGAAGAGAAGAAGGAAACCAGACAUGGGCAAUUUGCUAAAAUUUAUUAUCACCUCUGUGGGCUGAUCACAACUUUUGGAGACUUCCCCUGUUGUUUUUUUAUUCGCUCUCUGACAAUUUCCUUGUUAUUCCGAAGUGUAUUGACGGGUUAAAUAAAUAAACACCUCGAUAAACACCUCGAAACUACGUCAGGAAGAAUAUGGCAUUGUGAAUUUACAUGCUGUAUCUUACAGAAUAUUACAUUUCAGAUCACUUUGUACAUGGUCAGACCUGUGUGUUAAAUGUUAUUGUACACUUCACAUUAAAGAAGCUGAUUGCGUCAGAUGACGUCAUCUGACGUCAUCAUAUAUCAAAUUACAAGCGAUUUUAGAUCAAAAGUGACCACGCUGUUUCAGUCAUGACUCAUCUAACAAAAACUAGAACCGUGUUCACAUUUUGUGGUCCGACUGAUCAUGCCUCUAUGACAAGUGUUGUCAUGUUCGUGAAGUUACUUGACCUUUACUUCCGGGGUUGCGGAAGGUCAAACUUAGAUGAGAUUAAAUACGUGUACACCGACAAGAGCGUCAACGUUAAAACAAACGGAAUUUCUUCCAAACGGUUCAAGAGAUGAUGAUGGAACCAUGUACAGACAUGAACCCUUGUCCAAAGAAAAAGGAAACUUUGGUGACGUCAUCAUGACGUCAUCAAAUUACGAGCCAUUAAGGGGUCAAACUAGACAUAAUACCCCUGGCCACACACAAGCCACAGAGACAAACAAAACAAAACAUUGGCAAUAGGCUUAAUUAUCCCCUCUACAUCCCUUUAUUUCGACACUUCCCCUCAACUUUUGUUAUGCACUCUCUGGUAAUUUCCUUCAAACUCUCAUAAAGUAAUGAGUUACCCAGAAGUGUUGAUUUGUUAAAGGGGCAUGACGGCCUGAAAUCCCGGAAAAUGUUUGGAUUAUUCACUUAUCUUGUUUGAAAAGUCUGGUUGAAAGGAAACUAUAAUGUCUUACCGUUCCCAAGGAAAGACGGGAAAACCAGGUUGUUUACAUCGGACGCGGCGGACAUUUAUUUUUCAUAAGCAUACGUAUUUCCAGCCGUGUUCAUUCAAUGUACGGUACACGUUAUGCGCUGGUGUGUGUGUCACAUAAUACACAAAGCGCCAAUACACAAAUGUGGUUUAUUGCACGUCCGCAGAAUGCGAUGAACUGAAUGCGGCAGGAUUCACAACUAGCACUCAGCAGCUCGAUUUUUGAGAGUCAAAAUGUUGACUCCCGAAAUGCGUUCUCGCAUGGUCGCAAGAAUAACACAAAACGCCCAUUUUUUUUUUAAGAAUGCUUGUGUGGACGUUUAUAUCUUCCUUUUAAAUGCCCUUUCCAAUAGU